AUGAAUAGCCCCCGCACAACUAUGUCGCAUGAGAUGGUAGACUUUGUUCGAGAACCUCCAACAUCCGUACUGAACCUACCAUACAACAUAUGUGAGAGAAGAAGAAAACUAGAAAGCGAAAAGCGGAGGAGUUUUGCAAAGAUAGCAAGCAAAAUGGGUAAAGAAACUAGGAGGCCAGAUCCUAACCUAAAGGACAUAUCCAAAGAUCGUCGUGAACUGGUCUUCGUCAUCGAUAACGGCUGGACGAUGUUUGACCACUGGCCAAUCCUAACCUUUGUUGUCGAAACACUCGCAAUGAACGCCGCAGGCAUCGACAAGAGUGGCAUCGACCUCCGCUUCACCGUAGAGGGAUCCCGACACGACGCAAACGACAUUGUAGGUGAUUACGGGCGUCGGGUCCUAAAAGAUAAGCUACAAGCAGCCUGGCCCGAACACAAGUCCAAACCCAACUCCACAACCGACAUGACUGCGAUGCUCGAAACCAUCUACAACGAAUGGUGCGACAACCACCAACCAGCCACAACCCUCUACGUCUUCACCGACGGCAAAUGGUCCACCGAAUCCCUCGCCGCCCUCAACCUCGUCGCCUCAAACCCAACCUCCCCCCACGAAAUCAUCCUCAACCCCCCUCCCCUCCACAAAGCCAUCAUGGCCUUCGCCGAACAAGACCGUCAACGCACCGGAAAACGCCACUUCAGCAUCCAAUUCAUCCGCUUCGGCGACGACGCCCCCGAUAUCGAGCAUCUGCAGUGGCUCGACGACCAUCUGUGUGAAGCCCACAAGUACCGCGAUAUCAUUGAUCACUGCUCCUGGCGCGCGACCGUCGAUAAGAUUUUCAAGGGAAGCAUCGAGGGGUUCCUUGAUGAGAAAGAUACAAAGGAUCCGCCCGUGCAGUAUGACUAUAAGCAGCUAGUGGAGAAGUUUGAUCAGUAUAAUCGCGGGGAGGAGCAUGGUGCGGGUGCGGAUGCGCAUUCGUCGCCGCUGAUACGGGUGGGGACGCAGAAGUCGACAGUUUCGACUUCGUCGCCCAGGACGAUGCAGAAGAGGCUUUCGGUGUUUUCCUUCUAA